GCGGCUUCUGCUAUAAAUGAUAUUUCAUCAUGAAUCAUGCAAUCUGCAUGUCUGACCAUGGAUUAUAAAUCAUGAUACAUUGCCCUGCACUGUUUUUGUCCAUAUCUGGUAUUUUCGAUGGUUAAUGUGUAAAAACUUUCAUUUCAGAGUUUUUUUCAGUUUUAUCAAGAAAGAAACAGAAAAACACCAGAUGACGUGCAGAACACAGUUACGCUUAUGAACACAGACGUUAAAGAUGCCAUGGUGGAGGAGAACAAAGAUCCCAGCAUCUCCAUGAUGAAGAUUUUAAAAAAGAUUUGGGUCCUGGCAUUGUCUGUCUUCUUCACCUUCACUGUCACCAUUGGCACUUUUCCUGCCAUCACAGCUGACACGCGAUCAAUGCUUGCUGACGGCGGAUCCUGGGAGCUGUAUUUCAUCCCUGUCAGCUGCUUCUUGCUCUUUAACCUGUGUGACUGGACAGGAAGGAGCCUAACAGCUGUCUGCAUGUGGCCCGGUAAAGACAGCCUGGUCCUCCCCGUCUCCGUUGUGGCUCGAGUGGUCUUUGUUCCUCUCUUUAUGCUGUGCAACGUUCAGCCUCGCCUCCAUCUGCCUGUCUUCUUCCAACAUGACGGCUUCUUCAUCGCCUUUAUGGUUCUAUUCGCCUUCAGCAAUGGCUACCUGGCCAGUCUCUGCAUGUGCUAUGGACCAAAGAAUGUUCUUCCCCAUGAAGCGGAAACUGCAGGAGCCAUCAUGGCUUUCUUCCUGGCUCUCGGUUUGGCCUCAGGAGCUGGCAUCUCCUUUCUCUUCAGAGCAGUGGUCUAACUGGAACACCUUUCUUUUACUACUGAAUCAACUGGGACAUGUUCAUUUUGCAACUGCUCAAUGUGGACUAGAUCUUCUGUUCUACAUGAAACACAUCGUCUGUAACUAGGUUGACAGUGACUGGGGGAAUAUGUGUUGACUGAUGUAAUGUGGAAAAUUAACAAGACAAGCACUUAUUUAACACAUAUUUAGCAUGCAGACAUCUGUCCACUGGCUACACUCUUUCUUGAGGACUUAAUGUUGCUUGUGAAGACUCUAUGCAAUCUGCUGGAUUUCCUUAGAUAAGAAACUUAUUAAUGAUCUGUAUGAUUUUACUGAAUUUGACUUUGUAAUGUACCUUGUGACGAUGUGUUGUGAAUUGGUGCUAUAUAAAAAAAAUGGAAAAACAUUUCCUCCAUCAAUUCCACAAUUCACAUCAUCUGAACUGUCAUACUCAGCUUUCCAACACCCUGUCAAUGCUCUGGAGCUAGCCAAUAAAGUUGUCUGAAUCUUGGUGUGUAGAAUCCA